UGCAUCUGUCUUUGCUCAUUUUGCGCUGCUGUCGUCUUGUCAACAUGAGCGAAGCCGACAAUGUCUCGUGUGACUCCAAACCGCUUGUCUUGCCAGAGUCCCACUCCUCCUGGAGCACUCACCAAGAUCCCUGGAACAUGACGGUUGUCAGUAGCGACCGUGUGACCUUCUACGUUCCCAAGAGUCUUAUGGAGCGCCAUUGCUCUUCCAUGACAUGUUCAGCCUUCCCUCAGACAACAACGAUCCCAACCACCUCGCCUGCCAGCCCAUCUUCCUCACGGACGCCUUCUGCGAAACGAGCGACUCCGUGUCCUUCUUCUUGUUCGCCCUCACAAAUGACGUUUUCCCUCGAGACAAAGCGAAUCUCGGUCAGAAGCCAGUCAAGACCUUCCAUGCUUCCAUUGAGCUUGCUACCAAAUGGGAUUGCCCUUUGGUACUAAGAACUCUGGAGGGAUGGCUGAGCAGGCUUGCUUUUGAGCGCUGGGACGACGACCACUUCAAGCCGCUGGAAUUCUUCUUCUUGGCCGCCAAGGGUGAUAUGCCGAACGUGGCACGCAUGGUGAUCGAGCUGUGGGAUCCAGUCCCUCUGGGCGAGGAACAAUUUAAGAGAUAUGAAACUGUAGCGCCACACUGGGACCUACACCUGCCGAGGACCACAGAGGGAUGUGAAGCAUGGAAUCCAGCCAAUUGGAUCCAUAAAGGAUGGAGCGAGGUGGGAUUGGAUUAUGUCUUUGCUCUUUGCCAGUGCUAUAGAGAGAUGGACCGACAAAAGAGGGGUCAGCUUUUUAUGAAGGGCCUUAUUGAGCAUAGCCGGAGAUAUUAGUGUAAACAUGGAAACAUUAUCCUGUGGCCUGUGGCUGUUUGGGCGGCUCGAUGGCAG